GGGACCCUCAGGCCGUUCACUUGAAGUCAGCUGGGGCGAAGAAGCCAUGCAAACAUGUCGGCGCCUUCCGCUGAGCAGAGGAUGCAGAGGAUUUGCAGCCUACAGGAUACGAAGAGUAGCAUACCCAUGGCAGCGAGAGCUGCAGAAAGAGACGUGGGGAUUCCUCAAGAAGGAGAUGGUGGGAUACUUCCGGAAUUCCGUGGAGAGGGACUCCACUGUCCACAUGCGUGCGGAUCCGUGGCCUCGGUUCACCAUGAAGGAGUACCUCCUAGAAAACGGCCUGCUGCCUGGUGUGAUUUGCAAGUACGGGCCCAACCGGAAGGUCACCUUCAACAAGGCUGAGAUGGAGAAGAUUGCCUUUGACGAGGAGCAGGGGCACCUGUCGAACCUCUUCAAGGGUAGACUUUUCAGACUCCACGUCGGAAGAUGGAUCGAGGAGUGCAUCGUGAAAGACGUCGCCACCCACCCUGUCGACCAGGAGCUGAUGUUUGUGCGCUUCGAGCGGCACAUCCCUGGCAAGAUGACCGUGGUGCCCAUUCCCGUCUCCAUCUCGGGGCUUUGGGGCUGCCCUGGGUACCGCAAGGGCGGCCAGGUGGAGAUCGGCCUGCCCACGGUCAAGUGCGAGGUUGUUGGGGAUCACAUCCCUCCACCGUUUGUGGUGGACGUGAGCAAUCUGCACCUGGAGAAUCCCUUUGGCAAGAUCACCCUGCGACAGCUGCAACCGCUGCUCCCCAAGGAUGGCACAGUGCGCUUCGCCCGCGAAUACAGCCUGGAUGAAGAGGUGGUCACUUGCUACGACCCCAAGGUCUUGGGCGAGACGCCUCUGCCCCACGACUGGCAGGAUCCCAACUUCAUCCACCGGGGUGGGCGUUACCAUCUCACCUACACUGGCUUCUGGCCGAAGCAAACAACGCGGGCGUGAUGCCUGUGGAGAGGUGUGCUAUGUGAUACCUCAGCAUAUUAUGUUGGACAUACGUCUCACCCGUUUGGCCCGGCUUGAAAGGAGCAUCACUGUAAACCUUUUAUUUCUAGGGAGACCCCGCAAUCC